UCAUCGCCAGUACAGCCAAAGAAAUCACCUGAGAAGGAACAUCCGGAUAAGUUAAUAGGCAUGGAAAUAACAGAAGCCUUACAAACUGACCAUGUGGACCUUGUGGUACAAAAACCAGACAAACCACUUGAUAAACUUGACCCUAAACUUUCAUCGCCAGUAGAGCUAAAGAGAUCUCCUGAGAAAGAAUAUCCAGAUAAAUUAAUAGGUGUGGAAACGACGGAUAGUUUUCAACCUGACCAUUCAGACAUUCUUAAGGCGACAUCAUUUGGCAAACUUGAUUCUAAACUUUCAUCGUCAGUAGAGCCAAAGAAAUCUCCUGAGAGAGAACUUUCAGAUAAGGCAACAGAUGUGAAAUCGACAGGUGACUUAGUACCUGACCGUGCAGAUGUUCUUAAACCGAAAGCCUUUGAUAGGCUGGAUAUCAAACUCUCUUCGCCAAUAAAAUCGAAAAAAUCGCCUGAGAAAGAACAUCCAGAUAAGUUACUAAAUUUGGAGCUGGUAGAAAACUUACAAACAGAUUGUGCAGGUGUUCUUCGUCCAACAUCGACCAAACCACUUCACAAGCUUGAUUCUAAAGCGCCGUUGCCGGCCGAAUUUUUGAAAACUGCUGGAAAGGAGCAACGAAAUGAAAUAUUAGUUCCGAAUGUGACAAAUGUCUUACCAAUCGACUAUAGCGAUCAUCAUAAAACUGAGCCCAUUAAUAAACUUGAGCCGAGGGUCUCACCCCCAGUAGAAUUAAAAGAAUCGACUGAAAAAGAAAGUCUGCGCGACCACUUACCUAUCGAAGUAGAGGAUUUUUCGUUACCUGAGUUAAAUAAAUUUAAAGAUCAAAGCAUAUCUAAGAGUAAGCCACAUAUCGAUAAAAACUUCGAUAAAAUCAUAUUAAAAGAUUCUGGUGCAAUCGCAUAUUUCGUUGGCCUGGAGCAAACUGUUGACCGUACGGAGCGAUCCAAACGUCCUGAAACUGUCUGUCCUCAGAUUGAGAGUAAAUUUAGUGCAAUCAUUCUAGGUACUGGUAAAAAGCCCACAAAUUUAAAAACGAUCAAUUCAAACAAGACUCCUAGAAAGCUCCCUGCCAAACGAACCCAAGACUCUUCUAAAACCACAACUGUUGAAAAACCUCAUAUUGUCAGUGAAGUAGAAAAUAAAAAGCCUUCUAGAAAGUCAACCCCCAAACAAGAUGAACGAAACCCGACAAAGCUGGUUGCCCUAAAUAAUCAGAUUCGUUUAGAACGUAUAUCCCGCACUAAAACACAGCCCACCACUCAAAGUGCUAAAACUGACUCCACUUUCACAAGAACAAAGCCAAGACAAAGAACUGAGAUUACCAGUCUUCCACAAAAUCAAACAUUGCGCACAUUCAGUCCCCCUUCUACCCACCCCAAGCCCGAUUAUUCCGGAGUUACUAGUAUCUAUGCCCACUUACGGAAAUCUCAAAAGAAAAGUGCUUCCAUUAAAAGUAAAGAAAGUACAACGGUAUCAAGAAGCUCUACACCUAAUGAAGAGUCUCAAUCUAAACGUACAAGGACACCAACCCCUUCGAAAAUGUAUAAUUACAUGCGGCCCACAAUGGCCCACAACUUACGCUACGGAGUAUCGAAAACAUCUGAAGACGAAAUCAGUGUGGAAGAAAAGCUACCGCGGUCUCCAGUUCCUACAAAAAGAAGUGAUUUAGAAAAAUCUGGUCCCAAGAGAAAGAAAUUAACUAAACUUGGGUCAAAUAUAUCUGGAUCUAAAACUAGUCUAAGCAAAAGUCUGCAUCAAGUUCAAGAUAAGGAUAUAACAACGGUGAAAUCACCAGAAGUUAAACCUAAGAAAAAGGCAUUUGGUCCUGUAAAAUCAGGGUCUGAGAAACGCUCCGUGCAACAUUUAAAAGAACAUAAGCUUCAAAGAUCUGAACAGUCUGUAUAUGAUCGUAGACUUCUGCAAAAAAGACAAAACACUGAAAGAGCGGAAAAAAUUGCAACUAAAAAAGCCGGCAAAGACGAAAAAGUUAAAUUCGAUGAAAUGACUAGCACUAAGAAACAAAUUUCGUUAGUUUCAUCGAAAGUUUCCAUUGGCAGAGCUACAGAAACGGGUUUCUUUCAAACACAAAAGCGGGAUAAAGUUCAAGAAAUUAAAAAAUUUGAAAGUAAAUCAAGAAGUCAGGAUAAACAUUCUACCACGAAAAAAGUUAUCGACAAAGAAAAGUUAUCUGACGACGUUAAAGUGCAGAAGAAAUUAAAAAAUACCAUUAACCAAUCAAAUGCAACAUCUUCAACUUCCUUCAGUGUUCGUAAAUCCAAAUCGAAAACUACUGCUCGAAGUGCAGCGUCAAAAAAAAUUGAAAAAGAAAUCGCAAACCAAAGAUUGACCGAAAAGAAGCCUUUGACAACCACUACUACACGAAUAUCGACUAUCAAAUUGUAUCGAGAACCAGUUCUCACAACUCUUGUUAGUACAGUUAUAAUUGAUGAUGGCGACUCUGAGAACACAACGCGAUCUACGCGAUCUAAUGACAGCACCAAGAGUUCAUCUUCCACUGGCAGCAAGAAGAUCAUAACAAGUGAAGUGUUUACCAAAACAUUUGGACCCGAUAAGCCGUUCGAAGUUAUUUAUCGUCAACCUGAGGUAGAUUACAUGUCAAUGAUGCGUCCUCAAUCUGUUGAGCAACGCUGCGUCAAUGAAUUCGAUGUCAGUUUCAUCGAUACAACAGAUUCUAGUCUUUCCGAUUCAGUGGCUUUACCGAUAUUUGGCUCUGAUCAAGAUCGACUACAUGCAGCAAGUCCAGGUUCACCGAAACCAACAAGAAGCCCAUUAGCUUUAAUUGAAGAAACUGUUCGCAAACAACAAAUGGAUGGUUUUGCUCUGGAUCCUACCCUCCAAAGGCAAUUUGAAGCUGUUGGUAUGAUAAAUGCCAUCGAAAGCCCAACUUCUGAAUUAAUCCUCAAACCUCAAGAAACCCUUGAUGAAUAUCUACCAGAAUCUCACAGCAAGACUACGAAACAAGCAGACGAUAAAGACGAUAAGAUCCUAGAUCGGAAAGACGAUACUAAAUAUAAGGAUGGGGAGAAGCAUGAAAAAGAAAUGGACGAUGAGGACGAUGAUGAUGAUGAUGAAGACGAUGAAGAAGACUACGAGCGCGACAAAUCGGUUAUAGAUGCAGAAAUUAGUGUAAUGAAAUUGGCCUCGGAUAAGGAUGAAAAUGUGCGAUUCCAAGCGAAAAUCCUAGUGGAUCGUGUACUUGAAGAUAGCAUUCACGUAGUCGAUGAACAGCGAGAUCAGGACGAUGUCGACAAUAAUAAACAUGAUUACAAUUCAGAAAGUGAAAAUUACGCCAUCACAUGUGACGAUAUCAACGGCCUCGAAGUGAUCAAGUCACCAACUAUUGAAUCAAUGUCUGGUAAAUCGUUUGACGACAAUAUGAGCUUUACUGAUGAACAUUUGACUGUUGCUACCACAACAAAUACCACGCAUGUAUCAAUUACAACCACUGUAACAACAGCAACAUCUGCAAUAUCCUCAUUAGCCACGCAACUACAACAACAACCAUCAGAUAGCGAAGUAAUUACUGGCGUUAAUAAAAUCACAGAAAAAGUAGCUAGCGAACAGAUAUGCAUGUCAGAGGGCAGUGAUGAAAGAGAAGAAGAUGAAACCGACAUUAUCAUUAAGACUAGAACGCGUCGUAUCGAUCAUAAGUUUCAAAAACUAUCGGGAGGACAGGAACAAGAUAUCGAUAUGGGUGCUGCACAGUUCGAUGAACAAUUUGGUGCCAUCGUGCAAGAUGAUGAGAUAAGUAAUUUGCAAGGCGAAUUUUCGAAAUUAAGUUGGGAUGACAGUGUCUCACCGACCACCAAUACACUGGGCGAUAUUGGUCAGAAUACGCCUGAUAAUGAUAUACAAGAUAUUGCACCAGAAAUAGGCGGUGAUUUAAUAAAAUCCACGGUUAUAACGCCCGUUCCACCGUCUGCAACAAUUUCAUCUAGUUCUACAGAUAUAAUUGGUAGCAGUAUUCAAGACACGCCCACGCCAAAACCUAGAUUAAUGAAAAGAACAUCGCCGAGUGCAGAAGAUAUAAAAAAAUUUGUUGAAAUUGAAACCGCCGAUGGUGGUAGCAUUCCAAAAUGUAUAAGUGAAAUUCCGGUGCCUAAGCCUCGUUCGCAAAUGAAAUCGACAGAAUCAUAUAAAAAUCUAGCUGCAUUACAAGUAGACUCUGACAGUCCAACGGACAUCAGUUUAACAAAACGAAACGCCACUGAAACAGUAAUGGAAGGAACGACAUCGUCAGAUGACUCCGUUAAAAAAAGUGAAAUCUUCGAAAGUUCCGGCAGUAAGACAAGCUUUUACAUUGGUGAAUCCAGCCAAAAUAUUAUUAUUAAAACUACCUCACCUAAAUCAUUAUUAGACUUAGACGAUAACGCCAAAAGUGUUUUGAACGAAAUACCUCAAAAGAAUGCCGAGGAUAUAAAUAAGGAGAAAAAGGAUUCUAUUGAGUUUAAGUCCGCCGAUCCUGAUUAUAUGUCUAAAAUCACACGUCAGAGUUCAGAAACUAGAAAUGAUUUAUUGGAACAAGACGUGAUUGUUUCAUCUGAUAAGAAAUUUGAACCAACAGAAUUCGAUUUAACGAUUAAAGAUGCCAAAGAUGAAGAUGAAAAUGAAAAAAAGGAAAAAAUCGUUUUAGAAAAAAUUGCACCUCAAAAUGUAACACAAUCACAACUUGAAAAUGGUUUGAAUAAGGAAAUUUUCGAACCAAAGGGGGUUGAAUUAGAAAAAAGAUGUGAAUUAGAAUUACCACUAGAAAAAGAUGACUGGGAAAUAAACGCCAAGGAAAUUCCCCCACCUAGUAAAAACAAAAUAGUUUACUCACCGCAACAACCAACUGAGAAAAUUGUGAAACCUCCUUUCACUGAAGAAAUCGUGACCCAAACGCUAGAUGAAGUGCAGGAAUCUAUCGAAGCUGCCAAACGCGGCCUCAAAUCAGUUCUUAAAGAUGCGAAAUUGAUUAAAGAGUCUCCGUCAGAAUUCGAAUUCCGUACUUUGGCACAGUCGCUUACCACUACCAAGCAACCGCACUUAGAAGAUGGAAAUUUAUCUCAAAUGGAAUCCGAGGAUAUUUCAUCUUUUAUUGGAAUACCAGAACCAGUUAGCAACGUCGUUGAUAAUUUAAAUAAGAAAGCUGUAGCAGCUCAUUAUACAGAAACGAUCACUGAUGAAAAAAAAUUAGAAAGUGGUGAUGAAUACGCUUCGCUGGGCUUUGUAUCAACUGGAACGUACGAUUCAGAUCCUCAAAUAUCACGCGAAGAUUACGCCUCAUUGGGUUUUGUUUCCACUGAAACGGUAGAAGAUUUCAGUUCAAUGGAAGAUUACUAUCAAGAAAAUAUUGCCAAAGCCCAUGAAACCAUUGAACCAGAGGAAAAGAAAGAAACCAUUGAAAUCGAUUCAGCAAUGAUAGAAAGUGCUGAUGAUGAAAAACCUGUAAUAUCCAUUGACGCCGUCAUUCAUCGAACAAAAUCUGAUGAAAGUGAAACUGGCGUCAAUCGCUGGUCCGUGCCUGAAAUCGAUCUUUCCAGCUCAAGUGAAAGCUAUUACAGAAGCCUAGAAAAGAGCCCUAGUCGACCACUUUCGUCCGAUGUCGAUAAUUUGAUGACUCAAGCGAACUCCUCCGAUUAUCAGACAGCUAUUGACGCUUCGGGAACAUAUCGGGAAAGUACAGAAUUCGCUAGUGCAGUCAGCAGAUUUGACAGCAGUUCCGAAAAAACCAUUAGCUCACACGAAAGCAUGCGUAGCUUAGAUUCGCAUUCUGAGACGUCUGCAUAUUUAGGCAGUAUUGAUGUUUCAGAGCUAUCAGAAACACUCGUUGCGUCUUCAAUGGAAGAGGCUGAUGAAAUUGCACGUUUGCAGGACUUAGCAGACGAAGAAGAUAGUGAGGAAAGUUUAGACCUGGAAAUGAGCGAUUAUGCCGCCAGAGAAGGCAAUGUGCAACAAUCAAUGAUGAAACGUUCUCAGGAAAUGAUUUUUAAAUUAAAAGCGGACGAUGGUGCCGCAGAAGAAAUUGUGCCAUUUAAAGGAACUAUUGAGACAGUACAAAUUGAGGAAUAUCCAAAAGCAAAGGAAGUGGAAAAGUCUUGGGACUUUGUCUAUCCCAAGGAAGAACAGCGACUCGAAGAAGGCAAAGAAUCUGACGAUAUGAUUGUAUCAAAAUUUGCGUCGAGCUUAGAUGAAGGCAGCGUUUUGUCUGUCAGUAUGUCCAGCGCCUCAAAUAUUGACACUGUAGUGGAGAAUUUUGAAGAUAUGAUAGGAUCCGUAGGUGCAUCAUCUGUAGCAAGUAUAGAAGGUUUUAUGUUUCCUUCCGAUGAACAUGCGUCAUCAUCUCUACCAGAGGAUACCACAUUUGUUAUCGAACUAGAUAAUGUUAACGAUCAGUCACCACAAGACACUACCAAUGUCACACCUCCCGAUGAGCUUCGGACAAAGCGUGGCCACAAACGUGGGGAAAGCGCAUCAAUUAACGACGAUUUGUUAAAAAACGUGGGCGAUAAAGAAAUUCUCCCAAGUGAAGGAAAAGAGUCUGAAAGUGAGUCGGAUACGGACCCAUACGAAACUGAAUAUUCUCGUCAAUUCCGCUCCCCAAUUGAUCGUAAAAGUAAAAAGAAAAAACACACGGGCGUUGAUGUUGAACUUAGUUUCGUAGAAACAGAGAAGCGACCAUUUACCCCUUCUCAGUUAAUCGCAGAAGUUAUAGUUGAAGACGCCGUUACAGAAGAGUUAGAAGCUGAAGAAUGCUUUAGCGAAACACGACGCCCCUCUCAAAACAUGCAAGACUAUUCAAAUAUACCAGACAUAACGGUAACUCAAGACACGCCAAAAUUACCUGAUUUAGACAACUUUUCAUCCAAAUUCCAAGAAAAGUCGCUUUACAAAGUAAAAACUCAGGAGGAAUUACAUAGAGCAUCAGACGAUCGCCCACUGUAUAAUGAAAAAUCCACAGAUUCCGAAGAGGAGAAUUUUAAAAAGAUGGUGCAACAACAAUAUCAGAAAAAAUUGGCGGAAUUACAAAAAGCUCAAAUAGGUGACUCAGAUUAUGAUGAUCACAAAACUCCUGACUCGCCAGACUCAUUUGAAAUGGUAGAUAAGCCAGACAUCUCCGACGAAUUCGUAAUUAUUGAAGAAGUCGCAAAAGAAGCCAACGAAGAUGAAAUGGGUGGCAAGAGUAUACGCAUCAAACCAGCAAAAUAUGAGUACCAGCACGAUGAAGAAGUUGAGAAAAUUAUCAUCAAAUCGGCACCAGCUGAUCCAAAGUUAGGUUCACAAAUACUCCGAGAUGAUUUAAACUUCGAAUUUGAAGAGAGUCCACCUACAGCUAGCAGCGGUGGAGCAGGCAGUGAACCUCAGGAAGAUGCCGAUCCAAAUGCUGAUGCAGCGUUGGGCAGUCGCCGCUGGGUAGAAAUGCAACUAGUUGAUAACCAAUUACGCUAUCCGUAUGAAUUAACGGGCGGUGUCUUAGAAGACAUUAAAGAGGAGGAUGCUGAAUUUGAAGUAGGAAGCAGUCGUAUUAGUAGCUUUAAGGACUCAUUUUCUAGUACACCGGAUUACGAUGUGUUGGCUGCACGACGUCACUAUUCACGAGGUGAUCAUGACGAUAUUUCAAUGAGCAGUUUGCAGGAGUUUGAAUCACUUGAACAAGCCAUUUCGCUGGAGAAUCGCAAUCGAACGCAUCAAGGCUCUACAGACUCAAGUAACGGCAGUUUCACACGCCGCUAUAUGGUACGUCACGGCAACGCUAGCGGUGUCGCUCACGGUGACGAUAUCUCGAUAUCUAGUCUCAAAGAGUUCGAAGGCUUAGAAAACGCAUGCAUUGAAGCGCACCUAAUAGAAAUAAAAGCUAAAGAGGAAGCAGCGUUGCUUUCACGAUCCGAUGAGUCGAAUAAAUCGAAUGGAAGUGAUCGCGAUCCCACGGAAGUCAAUAAUGUUGCCAUUGCCAAGGCAAUAGGAAAUUUAACGCAAUCGGGAGCCAUAAACGAUUCUAAAUUAGAUAUUGGGAUUUUGUUAAAACAAAAGCUGGAAGAAUGUGAGAAAAGAGCUGCAGAUUAUGUACAAAGCACAGAAGCGACGUCGGAGCGUAGAGAGAUAAAACCCGACUCGACGAGUAUAAAACAACAUUCGACGGAAGAAAGAGAGCAUAGUGUUAAUAUUUCGCCUACGACAGUUGCAGCAGCAACCGAUAGUGAUAUUACAAGCAGUCGGAUUGUUUCAACAACAACAACAACAACUAUUUUGGGAAGUAGUAAUCUUCCGCUUGCUGCAGACACACUUUCCCGCGAUCAAAUGACCAAGGAUACCUCGAUGGAUUCAUUGAACUUAAGUGCCGUCGAUCAAACAACAAGUUCUGCAGGCACCACUGCAACAUAUCAAACAAGUGCCGGCAAUUCACAAAUGUCGGGCAGCGUAACCAGCUGCGCGUCAAGCACUUUAAUGGAAGAAUCUGCCAUAACUACAACCAGCUCUUGGUCGAGCGAGGAGAAAACAGUAAUCGAACGUCUUGACAAUACAACAGAUAUCCAGCAAGCAAAGCAUUAAACAGCACGAAGGAAGACAUGCCCUUUUUUAAAUUAUCCUUUAGAAUUUACCAAUUAAAGCAACUAAACGCAGAAGAGAACCGGCUAUCAUAAUAAAACGAAGCAAAUUUUCCCUCACGUCAAAGAGUUAAUAUGCGCCCGUAAAGGCUAAACACCAACAUAUAAAUUGGACUUCGAAGUUGCUCUACUAUCGUUUACUUACCAAAUAAUUAGUUAUUAUAGCUAAUUGUUUAAUUAAUGAUAAGCUUGCGAUGAGAUUCACACCUGAAUUACUACUCCAAUGAAUACAUACGAACAUAGCACUUAAAUAAUUUACAAUGGCUUGGCUUGGCCAACUGAAAUGCACUUUUUCAUUCCAUUAACAAUUUCAAUUAUUUAAAAUUGAAUUCUUUAACAAUUAUGGCAUUUUGUUCUUUGUUUUUUUUCGUUUAAAUUCCCAAGCCAAGUAAAACUCAAAGCGGUCGAGACCUUAGCCAUAAAAAUAUAAAAAUUUCAAAUCACUUCUUUCCUGAAAUAAGGCCUUAUAAGGCCUCUUCUCCCCCUUCUAAAAAAAAAAAGAAAAAAAAC